AUGUGGAGAAAGUUUUUGGAGCUUGAUCUGAAUACUAUCCGAAAUGGAUGGAGGAAAGUGGUAUGGAAACUGCAGAAGACAUUAGGAAUGAAUGCACGCUGGCCAGUGCUGUGGACUGAAAGUAAGCUGAAAUCUCUGCCUUCUCGACAGUUCAUCGAAGUACUGAAUGCGUCGCAACAAGAACAACUCUCAAGCAUCAUCACUGAAGUGAAGUUGCUGUCCUGUUGUUACAAUUAUUUUCCCGAGCGUCUAUCAGAUGCGGACUGGAAAAGGUUGCUUUACUGUGAAACUCAGAAGCAACGGUUCAAUUAUAUCAAGUUUUGUCGUCAGAAGGAAUUAAAGGAGCUGAAAUGCGAGAAGAAACAUCAACUGAAAAUUUCUGAGAAAAUGAGAACUUCGAAACCUACAUCGGGAUUUGCAAUGUUUGUGGGUACCACGCAACGGAAGCGUAUUGCUAAUCAGCGAAGAUUAAUGAAUCAUUUACAUAAUCUUCAACUGGAUCCAAAGCCUGCACUGUUGGUUGAUUGUCGAUUUCUAAAUGAACUCUCACCGCAGGCUCUAUCUCAAACUUUAAUCCAGCUUUCCUAUUUGGCAAGUGAAAAUCGAGACCGUCGACGCCCAUGGCCCCUUUAUUUUUUUAAUUUUGAUAUGAAGAACGAAAGGAUUUUGGAAGGACGAGAUAGGUAUUUAUCAUUGGUCAAUUCACCAAGAAACAUAUCCCUCACAAUCUCAUCAUCUAGUUAUCUGAAUUAUUUCUCCUCUGAUGAAAUAAUUUAUUUAAGUCCCCAUGCAGAAUUUGAUUUGGAGGAGGUGGAAGGCUCAAAAGCAUACGUUUUGGGUGGCAUAGUCGACAGAGUUAAGCAACAUCAUUUGCACCCACAUGCAACGUUCUUAGCUGCGAAGCAAGAUGGAGUCAAAGCGCGUCGACUUCCUAUCGACAGAUAUAUCAAAUGGAAAUCAGGUUCGAGAAGUAUGACAUUGCUCGCGGUUACAUCAAUUCUCUAUAGUGCUUAUGAAUCUUGUGGUGAUUGGGAAGUUGCUUUUAGGAAAUAUGUCCCGGCAAGAAAUAUUAGGGGACCAGAAGAGAAGAAUCCCUAUGGUCGACGUUUGCAUGCAUGCAUACAUGAUUAUGAGAGACGCCUACUAACAGAACUUAAUCAGAAAUUGUAA